AACUGCACAUGAUAAAUUAAGGAGGUUCAUCGAAGAAAGAAAGGAUAUCGAGGAAGUGUAAGUCAAGACUCGAGAAAUUUUGAAGCACAAGGGAAAUGGAAGAAAAUAAAAUUUUGUGGCUGGCCUUGACCCUUUACAUGAUCGCUGCACCCGUUUAUUGUCGAUAUCACUCUCAAAGCGUGCCAUAUGUAUCCCUGCGGAAGAAAGUUAGCAAGCUCCACUUCUUUUUCCAUGACAGAAUUAGCGGCAAAAAUCCUACUUCUGUCCUUAUAGCACGUCCUAACAUCACCAAGGAGGAUAAGUCACCAGCGCUGCCAUUCGGCAGCUUAUUUGCCGUUUAUGAUCCGUUAACAGUAGGUCCUGAACCGACAUCUGAGGUCAUUGGUCAUGCAGAGGGGCUCUAUGUAUCAUCCAGCCAAGAUGUCUUGACACUAGUAACAUAUCUUGACUUCGGUUUUACCUCAGGCAGGUUUAAUGGGAGCUCUUUAAGCUUGUUUUCGAGAAAUGCAGUAACAGAGAAGGAACGUGAAGUUGCUGUUGUUGGAGGGAGAGGAAAGUUCAGGAUGGCUACAGGGUUUGCUCGGCUUAAGACCCGCUUCACAAAUGAAACUGCUAGCGGUACCGUUGUAGAGUGUCGUGCGACUGUGGUUCAUCACUAAACACAGAAUGGCCCUCGGGCCCUUGGCAACCAGCUAGAAGUCCAUUAAUAAAUAUUAGUAAAAUAAAUAGUCCUUUUUUUUUCUUAAAUGAGAAUCCAUUUUCAUUUCGUAAUUAAACCCAUCCAAUCUAACAAGUUGAUUCCAAAAAUUCACAAUCCAGAAUAUAAUAUGGAUCAGAUUUUAAAUUGAAAAAAAAAAGAUCUGAUAAAG